AUGCUAGACGCCGCUCAACUUCUAACGCUCGGUUUCGUGUUCGCUAUGGGAUAUGUUGUGUACAAUGACCGCAAAGGCGACCCUCGCGAACCACCAGUGGUGACGAAUAAGAUUCCCCUGGUGGGACAUUUACUCGGACUCAUAACAUCCGGGUUUGGUUAUUUCACUAUCCUCGCAAAGAACAACCGCGACAAGCCUAUCUUCACAUCAAACAUAGUGUUCAAUAAAACAUACAUCAUCACAUCACCCGAUCUAAUGCAAGCAGCUCAACGCCACAAUAAGACUUUGAAACUUGAUCCAUUGGUAACCUGGGGUCUCCGGAAAGUCGCAGGAAUCGAAAACGAGAAGACUCUUGAUUUACUGCGAGAAAAGGAGUCUGGUGGUGUCAUUGGACCAAAUAAAUGCAUGACCCGGUUGUUGCUCCCUUAUGUAGAUCGACUCGGCGAGAGCCCGAAAAUCGGUCUAUAUGGAUGGUGUCGCGAGGCCAUAACAGAUGCAAGCACAGAGUCUUUAUACGGUCCCCUUAAUCCAUAUGGGAACCUUGAGGUUGCAGAGGCUUCUUCUUCUUUGGCUGUGAACCCUUUCCCACGGCUAACGGCACGUAAGACUUUGAAAGCUCGUAGCAAGGUUUGCAAAUCCAUUGUGAAAUAUAUUGAGAACAACGGCCCACAGCAAGGAUCCGAGCUGGCUAUCAUGCAAUACAAGACGGUAAUGCAAGCAGGAGUCUCCAUGGACGAGUCCGCGAAGAUGGAAAUCCCCAUUACCAUGGCUUUCUUGUCGAACACUGUUCCCGCGGCGUUCUGGGUGCUGUUUGAUCUUUACACCCGCCCGAAAUUGCGUGCUGAAAUUCGGGAAGAGCUCAAGACAAAUGCGCUCUCUGUUGCAGUAGACGAGUCUCACAAUAUUGACAUCGGGGCUAUGAGAGAGAAAUGCCCGUUGCUUUUGUCUACUUUUCAAGAGGUGCUGCGUACGCGUACAACGACGUGCUCUUCGCGCAUUGUGUUGCAGGAUACUUUACUUGCGAAAAAGUACCUUUUGAAGCGGGGGAGUAUGCUCAAUAUUCUUGCAGAUGCAAUGGGAUAUAAUUCUACUGUAUGGGGUGCAAAUUCCGCCGUUUUUGAUGCGCGGAGGUUUAUAAAAACGGUGAGUUCGGAUGAUACCGAGGGGAAGAAGGAUGUUCGGCGCCCAGGGCAAUUUAUGACGUUUGGAAUUUCCCCUGUCAUAUGCCCUGGUCGGCAUUUUGCUAGUUCGGAGAUUCUAGGCUUGGUUGCUAUGAUGAUCUUGCGAUAUGAUGUUGAGCCAGUUAAUGGGAGCUGGAAAGAGCCCCCGAGGAACCAGGCGGCCCUGGUUUCAAUUAUGGGGGCAAUCAAAGGCAAAUGCCUUGUCAAGGUAGCAAGAAGGAAUGAGUUCCAAGGUGUCAAAUGGGGUUUCAAAGUGGAAGAAGGCCAAGGACAAUUCCCAUUGGUGAUAGGGUAA